UGGAAUUAAACGGUGAAGUCAGCUUUUUUAAUUGUCCAGUGAGAAUGGCAAGGAUUCGGAUUUCUAGCACAAUCAUUACGCUUCUUGUUAUGGUCCAGACUGGAUUCCUACUCUUCAUGUAUGCUCGGUACAAUAGCUUCACACCUCAUUCAGAGGAGAAAUCAUCUCAAGUCCACAUCCUCAUCCUCUCCUCCUGGAGGUCGGGAUCUUCUUUUGUUGGUCAGCUUUUCAGCCAGCACCCAAGUGUCUUCUACCUGAUGGAGCCUGCAUGGCAUGUGUGGGUCACAAUGUACCAGAACAGUGCCAAAGUCUUGCACAUGGCGGUGCGGGACCUGGUCAGGUCAGUCUUUCUCUGUGAUAUGUCUGUUUUUGAUGCCUACAUGCCUUGGAAAAGAAACUUAUCUGAUCUUUUCCAGUGGGCAGUGAGUCGGGCUCUGUGUUCAGCUCCUGCUUGUGACUCCUUUCAGCGUACUGACAUAACCAGUGAAAUGGCAUGCAAAACUCUUUGUGGACGGUACCCAUUCAGCAAGGUGGAAGAAGCCUGUAAAACUUACAGCCACGUUGUAAUCAAGGAGGUUCGCUUCUUUGACUUGAAGGUCCUCUACCCACUUCUCACCGAUCCAUCCCUGAACCUCAAAAUAAUUCACUUGGUCCGUGACCCCAGGGCAGUUGUAAAGUCACGAGAACAAUCAGUCAAAGCAUUAGCCCGUGACAAUGGAAUUGUUCUGAGUACCAAUGGCACUAAAGUGGAAGACAGCAAAUACAAAGUAAUGCAAGAGAUUUGUAGAAGUCAUGUUCAGAUUUAUGAAACAGCAACUCUAAAACCACCUAGCUUCCUUAAAGAUCGCUAUCUAAUGAUUCGCUUUGAAGAUCUGGUAAGAGACCCAUUGUCAGAAAUCUCAGAAAUGUAUAAAUUUGCAGAUCUUAGUUUGACCCCCACACUGAAAAGUUGGGUCUAUAACAUCACACAUGGACAGGGACCAGGAAAAAAAAAAGAAGCCUUCAAAAUCACAUCUCGAGAUGCAGUUAAUGUUUCCCAGGCCUGGAGAAAUGUUCUUUCAUUCCAGAAAAUUAAAAAAAUACAGGAAGUUUGCAAAGGCGCUAUAAACAUGCUGGGCUAUCAGCUAGUGGAUUCAGAAAAAGAACAAAGAGAUCUGUCACUGGAUUUAGUGUUGCCAAGAAGACAAAACCAAUUCAGUUGGUCAUCGUUUAAUCCAAAGAACUAAGCCAUUACUUUGGGAGAUUAGGGAGGGGAAAAAGGAAGAGUGUAUCUAUCUGUUGUGCAGUGUAUAGGUAGUUUGAAAAUCCUUGGCUAAUGACUUUAAUUAUCUUCAUGCCUGCUGGUUCACAAAGUAAUGUAAGCUUUUUAUUUUUUUUCCCCAAAGCGUCUUAGACCACAAAACAAAUAAAAAAAAUUGUGAAAAAUUCAGCAAGAUACUUGUGAGAUUGCAAAUUUGCAAUUGUGCUGUUUUGAGCGUUGUUUUUAAAAUGUAAUUUAAAUUCACUCAAUAAAAGGCAUCUUUGUUCAUUGGUAAUA